GAGAGCAAGAAGAAUAAAUGGAGUAGGUGCCUUGCUGCAGCAACAGCAAGACAGAAGGGAAGAGCAGCAGAAGCAGCAGCCUUUAAAUCCCAGUUUCCUCUUCCCUCUUCUCCAAUCUCCAUCUCCACUCCACUCUCUAUACUUACAUACAUCUUCAUCAUCUUCUCCAUCUACAGAUUCAACUGAGCACAGUACAGUUCAUGAGCGUUGAGGUCUUUCCAAUAAUCUGCACUCAUUUUCUUCCAUAACCCAGUAUUUGAAACCCGCAAUCUUCCUGGAAAAUCUUUGGCCUGUCAUUUCUUGGGUCCUUCAAAUAUCCCCAGUUGAGGCGUCUAUUUUCCCAAGAAAAUCAAUACAGUGAGUUUGGUUGGUGGACUGAAUCACUCAUUGAAGUAGAGUUUCCACUCUCUUACCAGCUCAAGAACACACACACACACAUAUCCGGCGAGAAAACUCCAUUAAUACUUUUUCUCCCCUGUUCUCUCUUAUUCUCUGGUUGGAUUAUUGAGUUACGAGAAUGGACAAGAUGAGGGCUCUGUCGCUGAAGCAUCUUCUGGCUUUGUCUUUGGCGCUGAACGUUGGGCUGAUUCUGAGGAUUGGGCACGUCGGCGAGACUUGGCGGGUGGCGCUUGGCCCCCGCGUGUUCUGUUGGGAGGAGAAGCAGCGAAGCAGCGAGGCGGCUUACAUGGCGGAUCCUUCUCCUUCUUCUUCUUCUUCUUCCCCUUCCCCGGAGCAGGCGCACGCUAGCAAGAGGACGCUAGUGGGGGAGGUGGCGUCAGCUUCGGCCGCUCUUACCGAGGAGGUUGAAGACGACGGCGGGCGAGUGGUCAAUCUGGAUCACGGCGAUCCAACGCUGUAUGAGCGGUUUUGGCGGCAGAUGGGUGACAAAACCACAGUUGUGAUGUCUGGGUGGCAGUCUAUAAGCUAUUUCUCCGAUAUCACAAAUGUUUGCUGGUUUUUGGAGCCAGAGUUUGCAAAGGCAGUUGUUAGACUGCACAAACUGGUUGGAAAUGCCAUUACAGAGAACCGUUAUAUAGUAGUUGGAACGGGUUCAACACAACUGUUUCAUGCUGCAUUAUAUGCUCUCUGCCCGCCCAAUGCAUCCGAGCCCACAAGUGUGCUGUCUGCUGUCCCAUAUUACUCGUCGUAUCCAUUGAUGACUGAUUUCCUCAAGUCUGGGUUGUAUAAAUGGGGCGGCGAUGCGCAUGCAUUCGAUGAAAACAAGCCUUAUAUCGAGCUCGUAACCUCGCCUAACAAUCCUGAUGGGUCCACAAGACAAGCGGUGAUCAACAGGGAUGGAGGAAUACUGGUUCAUGAUCUUGCUUACUACUGGCCACAAUAUACUCCCAUUUUGUCUGCUGCCAAUCAUGACCUUAUGAUGUUCACCGUCUCCAAAAGCACUGGCCAUGCCGGAACACGCAUUGGUUGGGCGCUUGUGAAAGACGAAGAAGUCGCAAGAAAGAUGACCUUGUUCAUCGAGCUGAACACGUUGGGCGUCUCCAAAGACUCGCAGCUUCGAGCAGCAAAGAUUAUGCAGGUAGUGGCUGAUAGCUGUGGCAAUGCCUACAGCCCUGGGGAAGCUCAAACCUUCUUCGGAUACGGCUACCACCACAUGGCCAAGAGGUGGAAGCAACUAAGAGCAGCAGUUGAAAAGAGUCGACUGUUCAGCCUGCCCAACUUCCCCACCGCCUUCUGCAACUUCAGUGGCCGCAGUUUUGAAUCACAGCCCGCUUUCGCAUGGUUGAAAUGUGAAGGCGGAGUAGAAGACUGCGCAAGCUUUCUUGGCAGCCACGGGAUAUUGACAAGGGGAGGGGAGCAUUUCGGGUUCUGCUCGAAGUAUGUUAGGGUCAGCAUGUUGCUUCGCGACGAGGAUUUCGACAUCUUCACUAAGCGGUUAUCAUCAAUCCAAUCGUGACAGCAGAGGCUCCCGCCUUGCGAGUCAAAUUUGUACGCAACAUUCCCCUUACAAUCCGGUCUCGAUCUAUAGAAAUGAAAAGCUGAAUUUGGGGGCC